GACGCAAGGAAUAGUCUUCGUUUCCUUGAGUUACCCGUAAAGACUCCCUGCGUUCAUCCUCCUGAAAUACGAUCAGUUACGACUAUUGGUUUGAGAGCAGGAAAAUCAUACUCUCCAUAAAACGCAUAAAUACGUUUUUUCACAUCAUGUCUUUGGGCAACACAAAGACUGGGUUCUCCGUGAAGGAUAUUUUGGACCUUUCUGACACGAAUGGGGGAUCUGGAACUGAGGAGACUGAAGAUGAAAAUGAAGAUGAAACUAGUGAAAUCAUGGCGCAAAAGAAUCUGUCUGAAAACAAUGGAAAUGUGAGAUAUAAAAGCGUGUUGUGUGAUAAUGGUGGUAAACCAUACUCGCGGUGGCUUGCGUCCUCAAACAGCAUCCACUAUUCAAUGAUCCACGGUGUGUCAAUUGAUUCUCGAAACGAAUCAAAAUCUCCAGAGUUGUCCACUGACGAAUCCCAAGAUAUUGACAGGGACCCCACAGGUGACAACAGUGAAACGGUAAAGAAGAGGAAAAGGAGAGUGCUCUUUUCUAAGGCCCAAACAUAUGAACUUGAGCGAAGAUUCCGUCAACAGAGAUAUCUCUCGGCACCGGAAAGGGAACAUCUUGCUAACGCCCUACGACUGACACCAACCCAGGUGAAAAUCUGGUUCCAGAACCAUAGAUAUAAAAUGAAGAGAGCUCGAGCAGAGAAGGGCAUGGAUAUGGUUCAAUUUGUUUCUCCAAGGCGGGUAGCCAUUCCAGUUUUGGUGAGGGAUGGCAAGCCGUGUGACACUGUAAAAACUCAAGAACUUGACGGUGCGUUUAGGGCUGGCAUAGGCCUACCGUUCUCGGCCUACAGUGCAUAUUCCCUCCCUCACGUGCAGAUGCGUUCACAUUUCAGUCCUGAUGCCAUGUCUCAACUUUCCAGUGUGCAUCAUUUGGCGCAAAUGUACCAAUGGACUUGGUAA